GACGGACGGCAGCGGGCGGCGGCGCGAGCGGGGCCGCCUGGGGCCGGGCCGUGCGGGGCGGCUCUAAAUUAGCUGCAAUUUGGUGAAGGCACAAGAAGAACAGCCAGAGACCCACUGCGUCUGUCCCCCACCCCGGUCCCCCCGCGCCGGCGGCUUUGCCCCCCCGCGGCAGCCCGCCGCGCUGCGCCGCCGCCUCCCUGGCCGGAGCCUUCAGCCAGCUCCGGUCCCCGGGAGUUUGCACCAUCGCGGCCGAGCCGGUAACGACAGCUGGAAGCUGCCGGGCCCGGGACAGACACGGGCCCGGGACAGACACGGUCCUCCCGUCCCGCUGCCCGAAUACCCGCCCGGGCCCCGGGGCUGCGGUGCGGCCGGGGCUGGGGUAGACAAGGCCGCCGGGGCUGGGGUAGACAAGGCCGCCGGGGCUGGGGCAGACAAGGCCGCCGGGGCUGGGGUAGACAAGGCCGCCGGGGCGGGCUGGCGAGGUGCCCCUUUCCGCCCCUGCCAGCGCUCCCAGCAAUAAAAGCCUCGUUUCUUCAUCCAGACGCGCUUUCUUCAACCUAAUGCCGGGGAAAACCAGCGCUACGAGGAUCCCACCCCGCCUGCCUUCUGCUCCGCGCUGUAGCGGCCCGGGAGGAGGUUUCCGGAGCCGGACACAGGCGCUGCAAGCCGGGGGGGCCGCGCUGCUCGCCCUCGCAGCAGCCUCCGCCGCUCUCCGCCGAAACGGAGCUGGCAAAGCUCCCCGGGCCAGCGCGCUCGGCCUGUUAAAGGAAGCCGCAUGUUUAUUUUCUCCACGCUCGCUGGGAAAGCACCGUCUAGCUUGUUUUCCCUGGGCGGGCCGAGUUUCUCCUCCUCCGGGCCCCGAUUCAGGGACCAUCCGGCUGCGUUUCAGCCCCGCCCCAGCGAGGGCAGCGCUUCAGCUCGGGCAGGUGCCGAAGCGCGGCAGCUCCCCGAGCCGCGGGAGCCGUGCGGCGGCCCCGUCGGGGCUCCGGGCCGCGCCUUCCCACGCCCCCCCGGUGCCCGCACGUCGCACGCGCCCCGGCAGCCGCCGCGCUCCCGCGGCUCCGGGCGCCCCGGCCCCGCCCGCGCCUGCCCCGGGGGGGCGGGCUGAGCCGCCCCGCCCCGCGCCGCGCUCGCCUCCCCUCGGCCGCGGCCGCCCCGCCGCGGGGCCAGUCGCCGCCAGCGGCCGGUGCCGGCGGGAGGCGCAUGGAGGGCGCGGGGUACCGGUGCCGCAGCAGCCGCUCCAUCGAGAGCGGGCAGUCGGUGGUGCCCAGCUCGGUGCUCUUCGGCGCCGGGCUGCUGGGCAAUGUGCUGGCGCUGCUGCUGCUGGGGCAGCACCGGCGGCGCUCGCGGACGCCCGGCGGCCGCCCGCCGCGGGCCUCCGCCUUCUACGUGCUGGCGAGCGGGCUGGCCGUCACCGACCUGCUGGGCAAGUGCCUGCUGAGCCCCAUGGUGCUGGCCGCCUACGCCUACAACCGCAGCCUCAGCGAGCUGUGGCCCGGCGGGCGGGCCGAGGGCGAGCCGGGCGCGCUCUGCCAGCUCUUCGCCUUCCUCAUGGCUUUCUUCGGGCUGGCGCCCACGCUGCUGCUGCUGGCCAUGGCCCUGGAGUGCUGGCUGUCGCUGGGCCACCCCUACUUCUACCGGCGGCACCUCACGAGGCGCCUGGGGGCCGCGCUGGCGCCGGCGGCGGCCGCGCUGUGCGCGCUCUUCUGCGCGCUGCCGCUGCUGGGCUUCGGCGCCACCAUGCAGUACUGCCCGGGCACCUGGUGCUUCAUCCGCAUGGCCGGCGGCGGGACGCGCCAGCUCGGCUUCCCCGUGCUCUACGCCAGCCUGCUGGGGCUGCUGGUGCUGGCCAUCGGCGCCUGCAACGUGAGCAGCAUGCGGCACCUGUACGGCAUGGCGCGGCGGCAGCCCCGCCGCGGGCCGCCCGCCGCCGCGCCGCGCAUGGAGGAGCUCGACCACCUGCUGCUGCUGGCGCUCAUGACCUCGCUCUUCACCGUCUGCUCGCUGCCGCUCAUCGUCCGGGCCUACAUGGGCGCCUUCGCCGCCGACUUCAACGAGACGGCGGACCUCAGCGCCCUGCGCUUCCUCUCCGUCAACUCCAUCGUGGACCCCUGGGUCUUCAUCAUCUUCCGCACCUCCGUCUUCCGCCUCUUCGUGCGCCGCCUCUGCCGCAGGCUGAGCUCCCGCCGAGCCGCCCUCAAGGGCUCCGCCGCCGGGGACGGGGACGGCGGCGACGGCGGCGGCCGCUUCGGACCCCCCGGCUGGCGCGGGGCGCCCGCGCCGCAGCUCGUCUUCCCGUAGCGCCGGGGGUCUCGCAGGGCCCCGAGGACGGCCAAGGCGAAGGCGAGCGCCCCGGCACCCGGGGGGCAGCGCCGAGGAUCCGCGGGCAGCGGCGCUCGGAGAGGCCGGGAAGAGCCCGGCCGCGGGGCCGCGGACGGAGAAGCCUUCGGCCCCGGUUGAAUAAAAGCGGUCGGGAGCCCCACCGCGGCGCCUGGCCGCCGUGAAUCCCCCCGCGGGGGCCGGCGCGGGCGCAGCCGCCCGCCCUGCGGACCCCCGGGCUCCGGCGCCGGGGCGGACGUUGCAAGCACGCAAGCGAGACAUUUUCUUUUAAUGGAAGCGCCGUUUCCCCUCCGCCGCGCGCGUUAACUGGGGCUAAUUCGAUAUCUGCCGCGAGCGGCUGCUUAGGCCGGAAAAUCACGUUAAGCGAGGUCUCCAUCUGCUUAGCGUCCGGGGGGGGACGGUCGCAAGCAUUUCUCCCCCGCUCUCCCUCGCCGGUCGCGCUCCUGCCGGCCCGCGCGCCGUUUGGCCCUCGGCGUCAAGCGGAUUUCAUUUCCGAAGGUGGAAAAUGCCAGGAGCGGGCACGGCGGGGCCGCUCGGAUGGGCCGGAGAGCUCCUGCCGUAGCGCCGUGCUCUCCAGAGAUGGCAGCACGUCCCCGGGCAGGGCCGGCGGUGGCGGCGGGGGGGUCGCCGUCCCCUCGGGCCGCCCGCCGAGCUGGGGGCCGCGGGAGCGGGGACGAAGCCCCGAGCGCCUUCCCGCUGCCGCCCUGGGGGCAAAAACCGACCAACCGAAUCAAUAAAUCCCGGCGGCGUCCGGGUUGGUUGCAGCUAUUGCAAAAACACGGGCUCGUUUUGCAGAAAAAUA